UGCUCCGGUCCUCUCUUCUUUUUGUUUGGAGAGAUCUGCAGCCAUGCCUGAUCCGUCCAAAUCGGCGCCCGCGCCCAAGAAGGGCUCCAAGAAGGCCGUCACCAAGGCGCAGAAGAAGGAUGGCAAGAAGCGCAAGCGCAGCCGCAAGGAGAGCUACUCCAUCUACGUGUACAAGGUGCUCAAGCAGGUGCACCCCGACACUGGCAUCUCGUCCAAGGCCAUGGGCAUCAUGAACUCGUUCGUCAACGACAUCUUCGAGCGCAUCGCCAGCGAGGCCUCCCGCCUGGCGCACUACAACAAGCGCUCCACCAUCACGUCCCGCGAGGUGCAGACGGCCGUGCGCCUGCUGCUGCCCGGCGAGCUGGCCAAGCAUGCCGUGUCCGAGGGCACCAAGGCUGUCACCAAGUACACCAGCUCCAAGUGAGGCGCACCGGCCGCCCCGGAACCCAAAGGCUCUUUUCAGAGCCACCCACACAAUCGAAAAAGGGUUUCGAACACGGUCAAGGAUUGUUAUGUGAACCAAUUACGUUUUGUGCGUCCUAGCGGUUUCCUGGUGGUUGGGGAUGUGUGCGUGCGCACGUUAGUGUGUGAGUGUGAGCAAGAACGUGGAGCUAUUAUGUGCAGAGUUCUGGGACGGGAAUCCUGGCCAGGCGUUCAAGGAUCCCAUGUCCACCCUCCCCUUUUCUUGGGGCUAUUCAUGCGUCACCAGUCGAAGUCGGAGCCUUGAGCUUCUGCGUCCUCUGGUGGCUGCAGAGUGUAUCCCGGCCUUUGCGCGCGUGGAGUGCGCCUGUGGGUGAGGGGCGCGGGGCACCUCCAGGAGGCCCUCGUGUCUUCCGUCCCUCCCCAGUGUCCCUGAUGAAUGAACCCCGGAGGUGAGGACUCUGUGGUUGCCUGGCCCGGGCGGUAGCGCCUGGAGCUGCUUCCUUACCCAGACCAGAUCUCGUCAUCUCCCCCCCGCCCCCCCACCGGACCAGACCUCGUCAUCCCUGCCUGGACCAGGCGUCGUCAUCCUGGAGCGGUGAACGGUUCUGGGAGGGUGUUUGCGUGGCUGGAUCUUGCAUCGGCAGAAUAUUUGGAACCGAAAGGGAAAUGGAAGCGUCUCUGUGCGCGGGAGCCAGAUGUAAUAAGACGAAACCUGCGGGUAGCUGUAACCUAUGCGGGGAUGGGGGGGCAUCAGCUCAAGAUGUCUGUAAUCCUCUGUAAUUCCACCUUUUAUGAACAAAUUAGCUCCUUUCCCUCUCAGUUACACUUUUAUUUUCUGGGAAGCGUCAGUGACACAAUUCUCCUUUGAAUUUAGGGCAUUUAAUUUGGAAAGUGUCAUCUUGGCUCAGAGAAAGCGCUUCAGCACAAAGAGUCUUCACUUGGGAAAAGACGUCGCUUUUCCUUUUGCUUCGCUUGGCUUUUCUUAUUUGCAAAUAAGAGAUGCCCAACAAUCGCUUUCCUUGAGCCGUUUUGAGUCUUAGAUAGAUAGAAAGGUAGUGUCUUCAGCUCAGGCAGGGAAACAUAAUACACAAUGAAAGAGAACAAUCGUGUUUUUCCAAAUCAUUUCUCCAAAGGAAGCCGGUUGGGUACCGCCUGGGGGGUGGGGGUAUGGGGUGUCUGAGGAGGGAACGUCACCCCGCCCCAGCGCUGAAGCCCACCCACCCACUCCUUCUGCGUGGGUCCAGGCUAAAGGGAUUGGAAACCUCACGCGUUUUUCGGUUGGCAUCUAAAAUAUUUUUUUCCUUAGUUCUAAUAGUUAACAAGGACGCAAAUCCCAACACAGGACGUUUUAAAAAGCAAAAUGGUCACAACCAAAAAUUGUAAAGAAAUGUCUGAAUAUUUGUAAAGUUCUUGAGCUUUUAUACGUUUUCAAAAUCUUUUUUAUUGAGGACACACGAUCUUUUCAAGGUAUCUAUUGAAAUAGCAAUUAGAUACCAUAAUUCAUAAAACACAUGAUCAAAUUCUUGGUUAACGCUGAGAUAGUCUAGAUGAUCUUUUUUUCUCCCUGAACUCAUUCCCAUUGCACUUCUCGGAAUUUCAUCCAAAUGUAAGAUUUAUUUUUAAGUGUUUUAUCCAUGACCUUUCUUUAUCCAAAAAAUAAUAAAUAAAUAAGAGAUAGGUAAAUUGUAACUUAAAAAUUUUUGUAGGUGACAAAAAGUGUUUAAAAAAUCAUCUGGACAGUAUGCAAUUGCUGAAAACAUGUUUUGGUACAUAGGCAUCAAAUAUAAUUAUAAGUAAUACUCAAUCAGAAUAUUAGUGACACCUAUGUCAUUCAGUGAGAUUGAUGGGUUCUCCCUACCUUGUGGGCUCCCUUUAUGCAUCCAUGGGCACAUACAGUAUUGUCGUGGUUACAGUGACAGUGGUUACAGUGACAGUGAUGUGCCUCCUCGCUUUCCCUUUACCUUUUUUUUUAAAGCUACAUGCUCUGAAACAAUAUUUACAAACAAAACAAAACAAAAACACCCAAACAAACCCAUACAUACAGAAAUUUUGUCAUGGCUAUUUUACUCAAAUCUCUCCCUCCUAGUUAUAAUUCCAAAAUUUGAAAACGGUCGUUUGUCAUCAACAUCAACACUUGUUAAGAGAUAUUUGAUUCAUAAUGAGCACUACAGAAUCCAGCCCUCCACUGUGAAGCAGGGGUGUCCUGGGGGGGUGGGGUCUGUGCCCUCAGCCCUCUACUCAGGUGGACUAGGAGUCUAUCUCGAGCACUUCUGGUAACAGGAAACUAGUCUCCCAGAUCCACGAUUCUCUGCCUGACUUAUGAGCUUAAGACAUAGGUUUAAUAAAAUGAAACUUGUCUCCAGCCGUGUGUGAUUGGGCUAGCAGUAGGCAAUAAAAAUAAAAUAGAAGCUGAAGAAACAAUUCUCAAAUACAAUGGUAUGAAAGUGUCUUGUUCUGGAUAAUGCAAAAUGCAGAUUAAUUUCUGUCUUUUCACUGCUCUGGUACGCACACUUCAUUAUCAUGAAAAAAACAAA